CAUAAAAUGGCCGCCGUAAUGCAUUGACGAUCUCAAAAAUCUCAAAAAAUACUACGAGUUUCAUUGAAAUUCUCUUACAAUAAGAUUAUUUUGAACAAAUGGAUGUUCCAGUGUUGAUGUGAUUUUUUCUGGAGGCUUCGAAAAAUUUGGGAUUUUUUGAAUUGAUUUCAAUAAUAUCCAAGAUCGAUCAAUCAACAUAGGGGAUGGAUUUCAACAACUACAGCGGAAAUAAUCCUAGAUUUGCUGGUCAACCACAAAAUCAACCUUACCCAGGUGGAAUGUCAUAUUAUCCACAACAAGGCUUUCCUAAUCAAAGACUACCUAUGCAGCAAAACAUGCAGUUUGGAUUUGCUCCACAACAACAGCCACAAGGUUUCCCAGGAAGAUUUGGCCAGGGACAGUUCCCCAUGAACCCAAAUCCACAGAUACAACAAGCCUUCAAUCAGCAACAAUAUCAAAAAAUGAUGGAACAGCAGCAAAGAAUGGCUCAAGAAAAUGAAAAGCUGAACAACGAGACAAGAAAAAAGAGAGAUUUUGAAAUGCAACAAAAGCGCUUACAGGAGUUGAGGCAUGGAGGAGGAAAAAAGGGAGGUGGUGAUUUGUCUCAUCUGAUUGGUACAUUAGCUGAAAAGGGUGGUGGAACAAAACCUGCUCCAAAACAACACCUUGCUACUUCAACUGGAAAAUCACUCUUUUCAAGACCUGGAGGUUUCUAUCAAGCACCACAAAAACAAGAUAGUCAUGAGCAACAACAACAUCAUCAACAACAACAGCAUUAUCAACAGCAGUCACAGCACUCACAACCACAACCUAACAUGCAACACCACCCAGGACAAUCAGAGGGUAUACAACAGUUUUCUGGGCAACAACACUUGCAGCAUUUUCCUGGACAUUCACACACGCAACCACAACCUGGACAACCUAGUUUCCCACAGCAUCAUGGACAGCCACAUUUCCAGCAGAUUCCUGGACAAUCAAAUGUGCAGCAACAGCCUGGACAAUCAGGUUUCUCACAGCAUCCUGUACAAUCAUAUUCACAACAUACUUCUGGCAUGCAAACCCAACAAAGUGGCUUUGGCAACCUGAGUGCUAACCCAGGUACUGGUGCUGAUGAUGACUUUAGUGAUUUCCUAGAAGCACCAUCAUUUUCUACUCAAGGGAGUGUAUUUCCCAGUCAACAAGGUGUAUUUCCUGAUCAAGGGAGUGCUUUUCCUAGUAAACAAGGGACACUUCCUGGUCAAGGGAGUGCAUUUCCCAGUCAACAAGGAGCAUUUCCUGAUCAAGGGAGUGCUUUUCCUAGUAAACAAGGGACACUUCCUGGUCAAGGGAGUGCAUUUCCUGGUCAACAAAGUACAUUUCUUGGUCAAGGUGGUAGUUCAUUAGCUCCUUCAAAUAUUUCCAAUGUUGUUUCAAGCCAAAGUGGACCUUCCUGGCCAAACCACAGUCAAAACAAUCCUUCCUGGCAAAUGAGACCAGUUCCAACAAGUACAAUGGAUGUAGGAUUCACCUCCACCCAGAUGGUUCCUGGUACAAGCACAGUAUCUAGUGUCACAACAAUAGCUCAAGCAACCUCGGCUAUAACAGGACCACGAGCAAGAACUGACAGUCAAUCAAGUGUGUCAUCAAGUUCCAGUGGAGGAUUUUUGUCAUCCCAGCCAGGACAUUUUGGGCAAUCUCAAUACCAGCCUUCCCUUCCUGGAAUUCAAGGUACUAGUUUCAUGGCACAAGGAUUGGCACCAACUGCGAUGCCAGGAAUACCUGGUCAGGAGCAGAUGAAACAAAUGGAGCAACAUGGUGAUGUUCCUGGACAUAUGGUACCAGGAUCAGAUGGUGAUGGUGCCAGUCAAGGAGAGCCAGAAGAUCCUGUAAAAAAACUUUAUGGCGUUGAUAUACCUGAGUGGUGCAGAACUGGAAAGGACUUGCCAGGAGUAUAUAAGGAUGUUAAAGAUGCAGUUACCAUGAAUGGUGCUAUUGAUACURGAAAACUCCACACAUUAUUGCUAACAUCAGAACUCCAUAGAGAUAUCUUAGGUCAGCUGUGGAGUAGAGUAAACAAGGUUACACCUGGUCAGCUUAAUGACAUGGAAUUAAGAAUGAUGCUAGGGCUGAUUGCUUUAGGCCAGACUGGUUUAAAAGUUGAGAGAUUGACACUUGAAAAGCUGGCCACAUGCAAGUCUGCGCCUAUCCCAUCAUUCCCUGAGGAUGUUUUCAAGUCUGAGGAAGGAAGCUGGAGCUUCCAAAAGGAACCAGACAAGGAAGAAAAGGAGAGUAGUAGUUUACCAGUGUCCGAUAGCUUUGUUGGUUGGCAAAAUCAGCCCAGCAGUAACUACAGCAGUACAACAGAUCCCAGUGAUAAAUACAGUGUUUUUAGGAUGGAUAACACUUCAACAAGUAUUGCCAGUGCUACUGCAAAGGAAACUACAGGUAGUAUUUCAUCUGGCAGUUGGUUAUCAGCAGAAAACAGCCAUUCAAAUCUUAACCAAGAUGUUUCUAGAGGCACACAGAUGUUGGGACAGUUUGAUCAGGCUAACAAACUAUCCACUUCACCAGACUUCCAGGGCUUUCAAAGUGCAGUAAGCCACUCUGAGGCAGAGUCCAAUGAUUUUGGAGAUUUCCAAGGGUCUGUUUCUAGUUUGGAUAGCACUGGUGCAACUUCACAGCAGUCUGGUCUUUCAGGGACAUCAAGGGAGUCUGGAUUUGAUAUCACCUCUAAACUAACUGCUUCACUAGAGGAUUUUAAACUAAAACGUGACACACAGCAACAAGGAACUUGUGAAUUUUCUGAAUUUGAGUCCUUUUCAUCUGCUGAAACAGUUACCACCUCAAAAUCAAGUAUACCUGACCAUAGUAGUGGUAGUCAUGGUGAUGGUAGCCAUGGCAACAAACCAAAUGUUUUUGCAACCUUUCCAAGUAUCAAAAUUCCUCCAGAAGCUGAAAGCACAAGUAGGAGUACUACUUCAAUAUCUUUUCCAAAUACACCAAACAGAACAACAAGUGCAAAGCCAGAGAACAAAGUAGAAUCAGGGUGGGCAACCACAACAGAUUCUUCAGGGGGUAAGAUUGGAGCACAAGACAGUACACAGACAGCUGUUGAUAAGUAUUCUUUUCUCAAAGACCUGGACUCGUUUUCUGCUGAGGAUACUUCUAUGCAGCCAUCAAGAAAGAAAGAUGACAGUUUUGGUGACUUUGAGGGUUUUGAAAAAGCAACACAUUCAGGAGAUGACUUUGGAGAUUUUCACACAACUACCACAGAGAGUGUACCUGGUAAUCAAAACUUGAGCCCAAAACAAUCUCAAGGUUUGGGAUUUGAAGGACUUUCUUCCAUACAACCACCAAAAGUUGGAACUAACUUUGCAAACUUUGAAAAUGCUCAGUUACAAGGGAGUACUAGUGCCAAUCCAAGUAACACCUCUGCAACCACACAUCUACAGGAUGACUUUGGAGAUUUUCAUUAUUCAACAUCUACUCUUUCAUCUGGGCCAACUCAUGUGAAUGACAUGCCAAGUUCGUUUCCUCUGAAUGCUAAUUUCAACCAAGAUAUGAGUGGACAAGCGAAGAAUGGCUUUGCAGUUGAUCAAAAUCGACAAAGAUCAAGUUCCACCACCAGUAACAGCUUCACCAACACUAUCCCACUAGACUCUACUCAGCGAUACAAAAUGCUGUCAGAUGAAGGCGAGGACAUGGAAAAACAUGAUAAUGUUUGGGGAAGAUGUCUGAACUCCUGUCUGCUGACCUUAGUGACUGGUGCUUUGGCUGUGCAGAAAAUGUCUGACCCUGCUCUUAAACAAGAAGUACUGAUGUCAAAGAAAGGAGUAGAAUACUUUACAGCUCUCAAAGAAGUCUUCCGAGUCACACAAAGAAUCCAAGUUUCGUUGAUGAAAACAGAGUUUGGAAGUGACAAGCUAAAAAACAUCUUACUCGAAAUCAAUCAGUCCUGGAAAAACAUUUCAAAUUUUCUUGCUGGAUCAAAUAUUGAGACAAACACAAGCAGUGAAUGUUUAACAGAGCACCACAUCCAAGCAGAUGAAGACAAAACCAUGGCAUGUGGAGUGUGUUUAUUGAAUGUUAAUAAAUCGACGUCAUCAGGCACAGACACCAAGAUAUCCUACGGUGGACGAGAUUACCAUGCAACUUGUGCCAACUUUUGGUGUAAUCGAGUUGAUUCUAUUUUACCAAAAUUACUUCCUGUUAAUAGUCUGAUCUAAAAACCUAUUCAAUCAAAAGGAACUGUACUCCUGCUGUGUGCUGUAGAGGUGUUUGGGUUUGGGGAUUACAUUAAGUUAAAUUAUUUAGAGGAAAACUCUAUGCACUGUCUGGGCUUGGUACAAAUAAUGACCAUGACUCGGAGGAGAGCUGAGAUCUUCCUAUAACUUGUUAAUAUAGGUAAGAGAAGCAUUGUAGAAUAAAUGAGACUACAUUUAUCAUUAUAAAAGUGUUAUUCUUAUAAUAUUAAAACUGCAAAGAAAAUAAUAAGAUUGCGAUUUUAAUUUCAUGUAUUGUAUAGAGAUACAAAUAUAAAAUUAAAGACUUAGAAUAAUAAUCUACAACACCUGUAGAGACUUCCUGCUGUGUUGUCAAAAAUUAAUGUUGUGAAUGACUGUCUUAUAAUGUAAUAAAUGGGAUUCAAAUUUA